AUGUUUUAGGAUAGAUUUUCAAAUUUAAUCGCUUCACAGAAUGAAAUUGCUGCCUUGUCUAUUGAUUGUAAUUAUAAUUAGUAGAUUUUUAAGCCAAUUACAUUAAAACAGGUAGUCUUCGAAGGAUCUUCAAGAAUGUUUAAUAUGACACUUUCGAGAAUCAACAAUUGAAGGAAUUCAAGGCAUAUCUUGAUUCCAUUCCAGUUGAAUAUUUAAAAGAGUAUGCUUAAUCUUAUAAUAUUUGAGAGUUCAAAAUGAUUCCGUAUUAUUACGAUUCUUGUAUGCUCAUAAAUUUGUUAAAGAAGACACAGUUAAUUAUUUUGUUGAUCACUUGAAUUGGUUGAAUCAUCCUGAAACUAUGAAUUUAGAUGAUAUCCCAUAAUAUUCUAAAUUAGUUUAAAUAAUUGGAAGAGAUGAAAUGCUUAGACCUGUGCUACACAUAUCUUUAAGUCUUCCUCUUGAUGAUUUGUUCAUAAAGGCAAUCACAAAUAAACUGAUUAUUAUGGAAGAUUAUAUGUUUGUGCCUGGAAAAGUUGAAAGUUGGAUAGUAAUUGUUGAUUUAAGUUAAACGAACUAAAAUACUAAACCUGAAAAAAUUCAAUCUGCAAUAAAAAGUUUUGUUACUAAUUUUCCUAUGUCUCUUGAACAUAUAUAUUUUUUAGAAGCAAAUUUGAUAUUAAGACAGAUAGGAGAGAAUGUUUUAAAGUAAAAUGAAAUAAAGAAAUUAAAUUUUGAUGAUAAAAUAACAAUAACAGACAAAGCAAAGUAUGAAAAAGAGAAACUAUAAUUUUUAUCUCCAGAAUAUGUUCAUUUAUUUGAAAAUGAGUAGUUAAUAAAUCAAAGCUUGCAGAAUCAACAGAAUGCAUUUUCAUUAUUUUAAUAAUAGGGAUCAUAAUCUUCUUUUCCAAAUGCAUAAUCUCCAAAUUAAAUAUAACAUAUACAACCAAACUAAUCAAAUUUAAUAGGUUAAUAACCAGUAUAGUUAAUUUUGAAUUAACCAUAACCUACUCUUUAUGGUAAUCCAUCUAAGCCAUAAAAUGGUGGAGAAUUAAUUGGACCAUUAUAUCCAAUGGUUGUUUAUGCUUCAGCUUAACCUUAACCUUAUGUACCAGAUUAUCAUAAUAAUAAUAAAGAAUUUUAAAUAUAACCUGCUAUACAAAGAGAUCCAAAUUUAAUAAUGAAUAAUCUCUAAAAUAAUUACCCUAAUAUUAUUCUAAAUAAUUAGAAUAUAGUAAAGACUUCUCCCCCAUAAUAAUAAUUAGGAGUCGAAACAAAAACAGAUUAUUUAGUGUAUAUUAUUAUUUUUUCAUAUAUUUUAGUAGAACAAAAUACGAUGAUAUUAUAGAUUAAUAUAAUUGGAAUAAAUAUGGAGUAACUCAAUAAUUACCAUCUAUAGAACCUGAAAAAAUUAUUAAUGAUGUCACUAUGCAUAUAUCUUCUCCUCUAUAAUAAUACACACCAUUAACACCUACACUUUAGGGAAUUUAAUAAACUGUAAAAAAGAAUGAUUUCCAUUUAAAUCACGACAUUUAUUCAACCUAUAAUAAUCAUUUUGAAGAUCCAAUUUUAAAUCAUAAUAAAGAUCAUUUCCCUCAAAUUUCAGAACAUCCUAGCUAAAAUAAUUUCCAUUAUGAUAAUCCUCAUGAUCCUCUUAAUAAAUAUACAAAGAUUGAUCUACCUUUAGAUCCAAUAUCUUCAUUUCCUUAAUCAAACCAUAAAUAUGACUAUGAUCCAUUACCUUAUCAACCUCAUUAAAAAAUAGAUUCAUAUCGUUCUCCUAUUCAUUCAAUAGAUUCCUAUACUCCUCCUCCUAUUCAUCAUUAAAUAGAAAAGAAAUAUGAUUUUGGUCCUAUACCUAAUAGACCAUCAGAACAUUCCUUUCCAAACUCUUAAAUUAUUUAUGAUAAACCUUUUAUCCCUGAUCGUAGCUCAUUAGAUACUCCUAUUACAACCAUCAAUUAUACUCAACCAAAAUACUAAAGCUAUGUACCUUAAACAAUGAAUAAUAAUAAUAAUUUAAAUUCCUUACCAUCAAAUCUCCAAACCAUACCUUUAUCCACUAUUCCAUAAAAUUCAGGCUAUUCUCCAUAUUAACCAUAAUAACCAUUUAGUCCAAUCCCUAGUAGUACUAAUCUCUACACUGCACCAAAUUAUCCUAUUCCUACAAACAAACCAUAAUCAACUUUAGAAUAACCAAAAAUCGUUGAGUAAGAUGGAAUCAAAUUUCAAGAUGAAACUAUGGUUGUUGGAGAUAAUGAUCAUCGCUAAACCAAAAAUUCCAAUAGAGACCCUGUCUUAAACUAAUAAUAAUGUUCAAUUUAAUGA